AUUUUACUCAUUCAUUGCUCUAACAAACGGUAACGGUGUUGUCACUUGACUAGUGACGCAAGAAUAUUCGUAAAAAUUCAAUUAAUUAUGCCACGAUUGUGUUGUCAGGUAUGUGCAACGUUUUUUUUCAACGUCUGUCGCUGGAAUGUUGCAUCAUUUGGACGCUGUUAAUGAACACGAUGCCAGAUUGCAUAUUCUCUGCGAAGUGCCAGAAUGUAAUUCUACCUUCGCUAAGGUUAACUCUUACAAAAGUCAUCUUAGAAGAAAGCACGCCAAUGUUGACUUAAACUCACGUCAUCUAUGUUGCGUUGAAUCAGCGAGUAGCACUCACAACAAUUUUUGUCCUGAUGAGGAUGGCCUUGAACUCUUAAUUGAUGAAUUCAACAGGGAAAAUGAACUUGAUGACUCUGUUCAAGCAAUGGAACACAAAAAGGCUCAAUUUCUUCUAAAAACAAAAGAAAUCAAUCUGCUCACACAAAAAUGUGUGGAUAACAUUGUAGAAGAUUCCACUGAACUUGUCCAAGGAACAGUCAAAGCAAUUAAACACGGUUUGCAAAAUUGCUUAGAGAAAGCUGGAUUAAAUUAUAAUGAUGUGCCAGGUCUUGAUGAAUUAUUUGAUGAAGGACAUGCUAUCUCAAAUCCAUUCAAACAUAUUUCCACAAAGUAUAAACAGAAUGCUUAUUUUGAGGAGCAUUUUGGCUUAGUUCAACCCAGACGAAUUAAACUUGGACACAGAGUUGUGAAAAGACAUUCAAGGACUGUGUGCAAAGAGGUUAUUAAAGAUUACGAAAUCAUGUACAUACCACUGCUUAAAUCCUUGGAAAAAAUGCUCAAUGUAAAAGGAGUACUUGAACAGCUAAACCAUGGUCAUCUUCGGCAACAUAAACAUGAUGAUGUAAUUGAGGAUGUUUGCGAUGGCCAGUAUUUCAAAACCCAUCCUCUGUUUUCCAAGGACUCAACUGCUUUACAAAUCAUGCUUUACUAUGAUGAGUUGGAAAUUGCAAAUGCCCUUGGUAGUAAAACUGGAAAGCAUAUGUUAGGAGUUGUUUACUACACAACUGGAAAUAUUGAUCCUUGAUAUCGAUCCCAGUGUGAUAACAUUCACCUACUCCUUAUGGCAACAGUUCCAAUUAUCAAAAAAUAUGGCAUUGACAUUUGAAUUGCCGACAAUGCAUGGGGACCACUGAACAAAUAAAGCAGAAGUUUUUAGAAAAUAUUUUACACUUCGAACUUGUGCUGGUCAUGACCGCCAAUGUGAACUGAUUGAAGAAAACCCAGAACUGAAAAAAGUAUAUGGGCUUUGCAGGAGAUCAAUUCUUCGCAACUCUAGGUAUUUUCAUGUAGCAGAUGGCAUGCCAGGUGAUGCAAUGCAUGAUAUACUAGAAGGAGUACUUCAGUAUGUAUGUAAAGAUUGCUGAAGGACUUCAUAUUUAAAGAAAAAUUUUUAACAGUGGAGCAACUUAAUGAAAGACUUAACUCUUUUGAUUAUGGAUAUUUUAAUGAUAAAAACAAGCCAUCACCAAUCACCCGGACAACUUUGAGGAGUGAAAACAAUAGUUUAAAGCAAAAA